AUGAGGCAGACGGUACUACUAUUUUCGUUGGCUGCAAUCGGCUCUGUCUGGGGAGAAAUCCUGCCACAGGAUGCCAACCAGGAAAAUCUACUAACCGUGGUACCCUGUGUGAAGCGCCUAUGUGAGAAGUAUUUCAAAUCUGAACGAGCGCUGAAGGGUUCGCUGGCGAUUAUUAACAUCAAACCAGACACUUCAAUAUUUCAACUGAAUAUUCUCAAAUCAUUCAACCAUGACCCUCAGCAUGAAAUGGGAGUGAUGGUCAAGGAUGGUCGCAAAAAGCACUGGAACGCAGCACACGUCACGGAGAAGGCAAAGAACUACAUGCUGCUAGUAGGCGAUUCAUCGGAAUUAGAUGCACCAAUUAAUCAACUGCGCCGUUUGCCAACCUGGAACCCAUUGGCACAAGUUGUUGUUUUGUUCACUUCAGAAAUGACUCCGCUAGUUUUUGAAAUCGAAGUACGAAAUGCAUUGCAAAAAUUGUUUGAACAUUCCGUCUUGAAUGUAAACGUUAUGGUGCAGCGCUACAAUACGAGCCUUUUGGAGGUAUGGACUUGGUUUCCAUACGAAAAUGGCGAGUGUGCCGACAACAUAGCCAAAAUUCGUUUAAUUGAUGAAUGCGAAUAUGGCCCGGUUCCAAUUCCAAGUGAAAACAUACAAGCCAUUAGUUUAGAAUUGUCUAAUCCUGCAGAAGAAUAUGCGAAUGAAACUGCUACCUACUCAUUGAUUGACGAGCCUUCGAUUACACAGCCAGAAAUGGUGUGGAUGUUUCAAGAAAAACACUUUUUUUCUGAUCUCGGACCAAAAAUACCGAAAGACUAUAAUUUCUGUCCGCUUAAAAUAAGCACUGCAAUAUGGGAACCAUUCGUUGUGGGUAAUGCAACGUUUAUCGAGAAAGGUUUGGAAGUGCUAAUGAUUGAAGCAAUCACAACCAGGAUGAAACUCACACCAGUCUACAAAGUUAUCGACGCCGAGCGAGCAACCGCGCGAAUCACUGCCGACAACCAGACUGGGAUUUAUGCGGAUUUAAUUCAAAGACGAACAGAUGUGAUGAUCGGUGGUCUGUACGAAAACCCCAUCAGCAGAAAGCUAUUAUCGUCGUCCAUUCCAUAUUACCAAGAUGAGCUGACCUGGUGCGUUCCAACCGCACGACAUGCUCCGAAAUGGCUCAAUGUAUUUAUCAUCUUUAGUGUUUGGAUCUGGCUUGUGGCUAUUUUGAUCGUAUUCGUCGGAGCGGGUGUUCUAUUUUGCUUCAACCACGUGGAGCAGACAUAUCCGGAAAACUACACGUGGAUGGCUCUACAAUCCUUGGCUUUUUCCUUGAGUGUUUACGCCCAUUAUUGGCCAAGGCGAUUUUCGACUCGCUGUUUUUUGAUAGGAUACAUGAUCUACGGUCUGCACUGGAACGCUGCCUAUCAUAGCUUUUUAAUAUCGGUCCUGACCCGACCAAGAUUCGAAACGCAAAUUAAUUCUAUCGAUUCGGCUAUUGCGGAAGGAUUCCAGUUUGCCGGAGCGGAGAACACCUUGGUACAUUUCGAUAAGCCAGACUCGGUUGCGAAAUAUAUCUCAUCGGUGUACAGGACAUGUCCAGACAUGGACGAAUGUUUAGCGCGUUUGCACUUAGAACGAUUUUUAGCGGUGGCCGUAUCAAGGGCUCAUUCACAAAAUAGUAAAAAAAUUGGGGAAGCUGAAAUAUACUGCUUCCCUAGGAUUAACAACAUACAUACAUACUCGGUUGGAAUGUUGGUCAAAAAAGAUUUCCAUCUGCUGCCUAAAAUCAACGAUUUGAUUAGAAGAAUCAGUGAGUCGGGGCUCUUGGGAAAGUGGCAAGUGGAGAGCGAUAAAAUACGUAUCGAUGAAGACUUGGGUGAUUCGGGAGACGGCGGUGAACAUGGCGAUGGUCAAAUCGUGCUAAAGUUCGAGCACAUAGAGGGUGCUUUUAUUUUACUGUUCGUCGGACUGGGCUUAGCGAUGGUCUCAUUCAUCGGAGAAAUUGUCUAUUUCAAGUUAAAAAUAAAAUAUAAGUGGAAUGAUGAAAUAUUCAGCAACCUAAUAUGCUAA